AAUCUCAAACAGGGGAUUACCAAAGUAUUUAGGAAUUUUUUUUUGUGAUAAACUUAGGUUUCAGUGGUACAAAAAGUCUGGAUUUUGAACCUCAGAUACAACUUCAAUAAUUGUAACCGACACCGCUCUAGCAAACCCGACACAUCGGUCCAACAAUUGUGUAUCUGCCUCACUGAAUCCCAAUACUAAUUAUAUGUAAUAUGGUACUGAAACAAAGAACAGAGAAGUACGUGCAAGUGGGCCAAAAAUUUGUUUAGAUCUUGGAAAUCCUUGCUAAAAUGGAGAGAGGAACACCUCAAUCAAUGCAAUGGAAUAUAAUCUUGACAUAAUAUUUUCGGGUAAAAACAAAAAUCCAGAUAAUAUGCCAAUCAAGUUAAUAUAUUAUAUUUUGACAUAAUAUUUUACAAUAUUUUCUUUUCAUAAUAUAUUCAUGUGCAAUUAGAAACUUAUUUAAGAGAGUAAAUAAAGAUGGGAAAAAACAAAUGGAAACAACAAUCAGAAGAACACACACGUGCUGCCUCUCCGGUGACCCGACGUCGGCGGGGGAACUUGAGCCGGGUCGGGUCACGACAAAGGUGGAAACCCGAGAAGUGAGACAGCAAUAUGACACCGUACGGUCCAAUUGCCGCGAACUAUUGAUCGACUAUUGGCACAAAAGGCCCUCUCAUCAAGAGUUCGACUAUUGGCCGACUCGCGCGUUUUUCUUUCUUUCUUUUUGUGACUAUCUCUUCAACACUGACUUUGGAAAAACAAAAAACAAAACAAAAUACCGCGAACUACAAAAAUAAGUAUCUGGCAAACUCAGCUCUCUCUCUCACAGAAAGCCACAGAGACCAUUUUACACCUCUGCGUUUCUUUCAUUCUGUGUCCGUUCUCCAAGCUUCGUUUUCUCCUUGUCGUUUGGUAUCUGUCUCCAUUGUUGGGUCCGUUUGAGAGGGAAUCAGACUACACGAAACAAUACCCGCCACUUCGCCGAAUCUCUCGGCUUCCAAGCUCGUUCUUGUGCCGCCACCAGGUUCGUUUAAAAAAAAAGAAGUCUUUGGGUUGUUUCUCACCUUCCCUUGUCCUUUCUUCCUUAUUUUGGAAUUCUGCUUAGAGCAACAAGAGUUCAAUUCUCUCGUGGGCCUUUGAUUCCCUGCCAUGGACAAAUGGCAUCCUUCAAUUCCCCAUCUGGGUUCUCUCUAUAUAAAACUGUAAGGCUUUACUUUGGUUAGAAACUCGAGCUUUUGAACGGAGGUUUUGAUUCCUGUUUGACAAGCAAAAGUAUGGCGAGUUGGUGGAAAAAAGCUCUCUUCGUUCUCCCUUUCAUGUGCCAUUUUGAUUGUACUGUUGAGCUCAGAUUGGAGGGCAGCUUCAUUUGAAUCCCCUGAUUUAGUUGUUCUUUUCUUUCCUUUGAUUGAUGUCUUAAUUUGGGCUUGAAUCAUGUUCUCAUGGUGUUAAGAACCUUCUGCAAUUAGUAGCAGCUGUUGUUCUGUUUCUUGCUUUAUUUAAUUUCCAAGUAAGAUUAGUCAAUUCUAGUCUGCUGGAUGGCAUAUGACUAGGAAUUGGGUUUCCUUUGAUUUUAUUUUAUUUGAUUUGGUUGGAUUCAAUUGAUUGCAUCUGGUCAUACCACUUCUAGAAGACAGUUGACAAUUUUGGGUUUCCCCAUAGGUCGUUCUUCAUUGGCUCAUAAGCUUUCCCUUAUACCUACUUGUUCCUUUCCUCUUUUGUGUCAAAAACAGGUUGACACUUGAAACCCUAGGGCUCGAGAGAGAUUCAAGAGAUUAUCAGUCGAUACCACGAUGUUCCGUCGGAAGGCUAAUAAUGCUCACCAGGAUCCUGAGAAUGAUCCUCAGCAGCAAGAGGCUAAGAUCAACGAGCUCAAGGCUGCCAUAGGUACUUUAUCUGGCCCGAGUUUGAAGUAUUGCAGCGAUGCAUGCUUCAGAAGGUACCUUGUAGCGCGAAACUGGAAUGUGGAGAAAGCCAAGAAGAUGUUGCAGGAAACUCUCGAGUGGAGGUCGAGCUAUAAGCCCGAAGAAAUUUGUUGGCCCCAAGUUGCACAUGAAGGUGAGACUGGGAAGAUUUACAGAGCCAAUUUCCGUGACAGACAAGGAAGGUCUGUACUUAUUCUAAGGCCUGGGAUGCAGAACACGAAAUCAUUCGAGAACCAAAUCCGCCAUCUGGUUUACUUGCUUGAGAAUGCAGUUCUCAACCUGCCAGAGGGCCAAGAGCAGAUGUCUUUCCUCAUCGACUUCACAGGCUGGUCGAUCACCAACAACGUGCCCAUCAAGACAGCGCACGAGACUGCCUCGAUUCUGCAGAACCACUACCCAGAGAGGCUGGCUGUCGCGUUUCUCUACAACCCUCCGAGGAUCUUCGAAGCGUUCUGGAAGGUGGUGAAGUACUUUUUGGAUCCCAGGACGUUUCAGAAGGUGAAGUUUGUGUACCCGAAGAAGAACAAGGAGAGCGUCGAGGUAAUGAGAUUGCACUUUGAUGAUCAGAACUUGCCAGCUGACUUUGGAGGGCAAGGUGAUUUGCAGUAUGACCAUGCCGAGUUUUCGAAGAUGAUGAUUCAGGAUGAUGUGAAGACUGCUUCAUUCUGGGGGCUUGAUGCUGCCAAGUUGAAUGGUGUUGAGUAUCAGCAGAUUGUCGUGGACGACGGUCUGGAGCAGGUGGCGUCCAACCCAACUCCCGGCGGUAGUGAUGUGUCCGACGCGGCCAACUGAGUGUUUUCAAAGUCGAGAGUUUUAUGGUACUCAGUACUACUAUAUCAUUUCAAGUUUUAAGAAUUUUUUGUGUUUCAACCUGCCAUUAGGAGGCUGCCCCGCAGCCCUUCUGAUUUUGUUUUCAUGGUGGGCGGAUUUACUGUUGUUUUCGUUGAUGUAUGGAUGGUGAACUUUAUCCUGCGUUUUGAAUAUUGCUGAUUGUGUGAAUCGACUCUAUUUUGUAUGUUUUUCGUGUUGUUUGGAUAUUGCUGAUUGUGUGAAUCGACUCUGUUUUGUAUGUUUUUCGUGUUGUUUGAAAAACAAAAUUCAAGGAAAAAACAAAAUUCAAGGAAAAAAUAUUCCCAACGCAUAUCCAAACAACACGAAAAACAUACAAAACAAAUUCAAGGAAAAAUAUUCCCAACACAUAUCCAAACAACACGAAAAACAUACAAAACAGAGUCGAUUCACACAAUCAGCAAUAUCCAAACAAUACGAAAAACAUACAAAACAGAGUCGAUUCACACAAUCAGCAAUAUUCAAAACGCAGGAUAAAGUUCACCAUCCAUACAUCAACGAAAACAACAGUAAAUCCGCCCACCAUGAAAACAAAAUCAGAAGUAAUGG